GAGUUCUGAGAGAGCUGGCGAACAGAAUGAUGGUCUCCAUGAAGAAUGCGAGUGAAUCUGUGCACUGUCACGGAACGGACCAGGAAUGCAUCAUCAAUGACAGCGGCAUAGCAACAGUAACCCACGGUAACAUGAACUGCAGCUUCCAGCCAGAGCAGGACUCUGAGGAGGAGAAUCGGGACGAGACAGACACACACUCCUCCAGCAGUGAUGGUGUGCAGGAACACACACACUCCAUCAUCCUGGACUUCAGUCCCGUCAGCUUCAUCGACACGGUCACCCUAAAAACACUGAAAAACAUUUUUCAAGAUUUUGCAGAGGUUGAUGUCGCUGUUUACAUCGCUGGAUGCCGAGUGUGUGUAGUGCAGCAGUUGGAGCGAGGCGGAUUCUUCUCAGAGUCCAUCUCUAAAAGUCGCCUUUUCCCAUCUAUCCAUGACGCUGUGCUGCACUGCCUGUGUCGGUCUCAGAGAGAUCGGUCUGGAUCUGAAUUUGCACUGGGAAUGCCCAGCGUUACGAGGUUGUGACCAGCAGGUGUCCCUCUGUCCUCGAGCUUGAAUGAGGGGCCGAAUAGAUGCAUCAGGAUGAUAGAAGCCUAAAACUAAUCACAACAAAACAGAAAUACCCAUCAAGGCUCACAGCCAUAUAUCAGACGUUUAUAUCAUAAAACAUAGCUUUCAAUACGAUGGACGUUGACUGU